AUGACGUCUAGCAAUCCGAAUGCGCACCAGGGCAGCCCGCCUCCGCAGCCUGCGCUGCCCAACACGCCCGCGUCGCCGCCGAACAAACGCGAUCUCAAGUCGUGGUGGAAGAACUUCAAGCUGCCCACCAAGCACCAGGAAUCGUCUCCGCAGGACAACCGCGGCCCGGGCAUUUUUGGAGUCCCUCUCCGACAGAGUAUAACAUACGCAAACGUUGCCAUCUCUCUUGUUGACGAGAAUGGCAAAAGCUACAUCUACGGCUAUGUCCCCAUUGUCGUCGCCAAGUGUGGUGUCUUUUUGAAAGAAAAAGCUACCGGCGUUGAAGGCAUCUUUCGAUUGAAUGGGUCCGAGAAACGAAUCAAGGAGCUCAAGACGAUAUUCGAUUCGCCUGAUCGAUAUGGCAAGGGACUCGUCUGGGACGGGUACACCGUCCACGAUGCCGCCACGGUACUCCGAAGAUAUCUCAACGACUUGCCCGAGCCUGUAGUGCCUCUAGACCUCUACGAGAAAUUCCGCGACCCCCUUCGAGGGGCUACAAAGCAGGCAGUCGGCGAUACAGAUGGUCCCCAAUUCGUUGAAAACUUUGACGAGAGGGGAGCCAUCAUCAAAUACCAAAAGGUAAUUACUGAAUUGCCCCCGCUUAACAAACAGCUGCUUCUUUACAUCCUGGAUCUGCUGGCCGUCUUUGCUGCCAAAUCUGAUGAGAACCGCAUGAACUCUCAGAAUCUGGCGGCCAUUUUCCAGCCCGGCAUGCUGUCUCACCCCUCUCAUGCAAUGGCCCCGGAGGAGUACCGCCUGAACCAAUGCGUCAUCAUCUUCCUCAUUGAGAACCAAGACCAUUUCCUUAUUGGUAUGCAAGGCACUGAGGCAGAUGAGACGACGAUGCAGCAGGUGGCCUCCGGGCCUUCCAACGGACCCCGUACGCCAAACCCGGAUCGGAGCUCGGGCCUGGGGAGAACGGCGUCCAACGCCAGUGCGGGCGCUGAGAACGUUCGAAAGGAUGGCAUGAUUCGACGGAACCGGUCUGUCUCCUCCAGACAUUCAAGGGUCGACGGCGCAGCCACUCCCAACAGCCCGGCCCUAGCAGCAACACCCACUGGCGGUGGUUUAGCUAGGAGCAACACCGUGCCAUCCAAGAAAUCUCCAGCUUUGGUAGGGGGGAAAUUCAAGAAGACUGAGAGCCCUGCUCGCGCGCCACACUCCCCGGCAUUAGAACCCUUGACACCAGCUCACCCACCCGCGGAGACCAAGCUGGAGGUACCCGCACGAGUUUCCACGCCGAACGAAAUACAUAGGACCUUUGAUGAAAUGCAUCUUUCCCCGGAUCGUUUGCUAUCACCUGGUCGGAGUCAAGAGAGGUUGCUAGACUCGCACGAACCCUCCACGCCAUCGAAGCAUCACCAUCAGAAUUUACAGAAGCUGGAACAACUGUUCCACAACGAUAAACGGCAGCCGAACAAGCUCAAGAAGAAGCGGAUACCAGGUAGCAUGAGCAUCAGUGCACAGAGCUCGGUUACGUCGCUCCCGCAUUCUGCCUCGCCAGGUACAGAAUCUGGGAACCCCUUGGAAGCGGCACCGGCUUUUGCACAGCCCGUAGCACAGCCUCAGUUCCGCCCGACUGCCAUUCCUCACUCAGUGCCCCAGCCGUCGCCUUUUGCUUCGGCGCCCUCUGUGGAGACUCAAAAGCAACCGGAUUUACAUCACCAGCACUCGACCCCUGUGAUUCACCAGAAUCAUGCUGAUCACCACCACAAUCACUCUGUUUCUCAUUAUCAGGAGCAACUGCGACCUGAGGAUAUCUCACGGGAUAUCUCACGGGCGAAGAAGUCCCCCCCUGCUUCGGUUAAUUCAUCUUUCAAUGACGGCUCGGACUUUGAACAAGUAGCUCACGAGACCCCAUUGCCCGCAAUCGUCGAGACGGCGGAUAAAGAAAAGAAGAGCCGAUGGAGAUUGUCGAGGCCCACCAAGAAAGAUGACUCUGCGAGUGGACCGACCAGUCCCAGAGCAUCGCCACCGCAGUUUAACAUAGGCUCAAACAAUAACGCAGAUAUUAGCACCACCUCGAUUGGAAGCGCCAUUGCUAUGCCCCGGAAAAGCUUUACUGGUGAAAGUUCAGAGCAUCUACCCAGUGGCAGUGAUCGCGCGUACACGUACGAAAGCUCCCGGGACGAUGAUAAGGACGCAAAAGGCCCGAUUGGUUGGAUAAAGCACAAGUAUCGAGAGGCCAAAGAAAACGUCGACCAGAAGCGGACCAAGUCUCCGCCUCCUCCAGAGCACCAUCAAGGAUUUGGCCCAAGUCUGACGGCGUCACGCGGCAAGAGCUUAGAUAUAAACCGAGACUUAUCUCGAGAGGAAGUAAACUCUAUUGGAAAGCCAGCUCAACAAGACGCUUUUAAAGAUUUGCAGAAAGACAGGAUAAAUGCCCCGCCGGAGGCCUACAGAAAGCUUGGUCAGACAGAGGCAGUUCAGAGAGAGCCCGCUCAGGGCAUGACGAUCCACAGGGUUAUUAGCGAUACAGAGAAGGCACCGGCAGAACCUAUUGCUCAGAAGGGCGUAACACUCGUUGACGCCCCCAUGGAAGAGGCUCCCGAGACGAUCGCCCAGCCCAAGACGCAGGUUCCAACAAAUCCUCCCUCUGAGACGGUGCCACCUGUGGAACAGUCAUCGACAUCUGCUGUAGAUAAAGAGCAGGAGGGAAAACAAGCAUAG